AAAAUAUCGAAAGCAAAUCUGCACAAAGAAUAUCGAUAAAUUGUUAUUUUUGUUAUAAUUUCAACAGUUUCGUCAAUAAUUUUAUAAAAUACAUCACAUGGAGGAAUUAAAUGACGAUUGUGUGUGCCACAUCCUAGAGUUCCUGCCACUGACGGAGCAGAUCAAGAUGGCUCGCCUGGCGCCACGGUUCCAAGACCUCCUCCAGCUGAUGGUUUGGAGGAAGCCCCGCUACCGGAAGGUUUCCGUGUCCGAUUCCAUGCUGGAGCCCCUCAGCAAGGAGGAUUACCUGUACUUCUUCGAGCUGACCAGCUCGGCCAUGGAGGAGUUGUACAUAUGGAAUGUCCACAAGAAGGCCUUCGAUUCAUACCUGGGUCGCCACCUGAUGCGCCCCGAGCUGAGCUUCUACCUGCGCCGAGACUUCACCAACCUGAAGGAGCUGUGCAUCGCGGACGACAGCAUGAAUAAUAGCAUGAUCAACACAAUAUCGAAGAACUGCCCGCAGCUCCGUAGCCUGAGUGUCUCCAGCGCCUACAUAACUGGAAAGUAUAUAGUAAACCUGGUCCACCUUGAGACUUUAGUGGCCCGCGAGUGCUCCGUGGAGCUGGAUCUCCUAGCGGAGCUUCUGGAGAGGCUAUCUCUUAAGCACUUGGACCUUACCGCAAACCGGCAUCCAGUGGAAGAGACGCUACUGAAAGGAGGGGGUAGCCAGCGACUGGAACGGCUCGGGCUAUCCGAUGCCGAAGACUAUGGCUUUCCGCUGGCGGACCGUCUGCCCCAGCUGACCACACUGGUGGUGAGCUACACGAAAAUAAGCCCCCAGGAACAAGUGAAUAUGCUGGAGACGACGCGUCAAAGAGCGAAUGGGUCAGGUGGAAGGUUUCCCAAGCGAAUUCAGUCCAUUCUGUGCAAUGUUGUUGAUGUCGAGGUGGCUCUGGAGCAGAUCGCUGGCCUUGAGAAGCGCCAUCCCCGAGAUGCGCCAAAGUUCAACGAGCUGCUAAAGAUUAUGUAUUUCUUGGAGAAGCCGCUGGACGGCGAUAAGAAACUAACAUGAGAUUGGCCCACACACGUGGCCUGAGAAUAGAAAAUAGCUACUUGAUGUCACCUCACUGAGCUGGAACUGAUAUGUCUGAUAUGAUUAUAUGCUAUGAACUUCUCGUUAGGGUAAUUAUGUGUCUCUGCUGAUAAGAAUGCUAGUUUUGGGGGCGUCGUUUUUGUUUACAAACAAUGUUCGGCAAUCGGCGCCAUUUGAAACUAUUAGACCUGUGAGAGAAAAUAGCUUAGCUCCCCAAAUAAAUAUUUAUUUAUAAUCCUGGGGUGGGGUAUUUGCCUGCAAGAUCUUAAGUUGAAUGCACUCCUAUGGAAAAGUAUGCAAAUUAGAGUGAGGAAGGUAUGCCUUAAGUAUUUGUUGAACAUUUCUUAGUUUCUAUUUAUAGAGUUUAGCCAAAUCUUAUAAAUUAGUAGAAAACUACAAUCUGAAAAUCAAAGAGAUAAGGAAACCCAUAUCCUAAUCACCUUUUCAAUUAUACAACCAACUAUAAAAAUCGAAACGGCCACUUCAGGCUAUAAUAGUUUCUAUCUUUUGACAAAACCCACGUUUCAACUUUUAGUGUAAUUUACACAUUCAUUUGAAAGUUAUUUUAUUUAUUUUAAAGGUGAACAUUUUGACAACUGAAUGCAAUAUAUUCUAGGUGUUAUGUGAUCGUUUUUAAUGUUUCCAUGGCAACAAAUAUCAAAUUUAUGAAGUGCUAAAGUGUAACUGAGUAAAGAUUAAGUAUUAAGUUUUAUUGGUUUGUGGAAUCUAUUGGAUUAUGACUUGUAACUAUAUACAGAUUAAAAAAUAAAUUAUAUUCACUUGUAUAAACCAAAAGAGUGGCAAGAAAAUUGUAUUAUUCAACUAUGAACUAAUCUGCAAUUAGUUAGAAGUCAUAAACCAGAACAUCCCACUUUCCCAGAUGCAGUUUGUUGCUCCAAUUUCCAUGUUUAUGUGCGAGCACAUGUGUGCCAGUUCUGUAUAAACAUUGUGGUUUGAUGUUCGCCGGAUGAGGCUGUGAUAAAAUAAACCAAAUAUUUUGUUGACCUGUCGGACCCCUAAUUGAUUCAUACAAUCGCCAAUUAGGACCCAAUUGCCAGAAGUUCUUUGAUCUUUGGGCGGAGCGACAUCAACCACAUGGAUAAUAGGCAUUUUUGUUAUUUUAUUUUUUAAUUGUUGUACUAUUAUAUGUUAAUUUUAAAUGCAGUUGAUGAAUUGAAAUAAAAAUUAAAAACUUUAUUGAA